AUGACAAUUCAGGAGGCUUGUGUUCUGGCUCAAACUCUCACUAACAAUAUCAUAUUCAAAGCUUUGAUUAUAUACAAAUUAUUCCUCUGUAUAGUUGCUUCACUAGUGACUUCUUAUGUAAUUGUUAGUAAGGGAACCAAAUGGCUCGUCAAUCCAAAUGCACGGGUAAUCUAUGCUUUUCAUAUGCUUUUUGUUUUUAUUCUACCAUUCUCACUCAUAUUCCCUUAUUCCUACGAUGUUUACAGAAUAUUCAUACUCGAAUCAGAAGAUCCCUGUGCUUACGCAAUUCCUUCGCUUCUUGCCAUGCACGCUCGUAUGCCGUCCGUUUUCGCCAUGAACGUUCAAGCGUUCACCUUACUAGCUUUAAGUAUUGAAAGAUUAGUGUCAACCAUUUAUCCUUUCAAGUAUGAAUCCGUGAAAAAUUCCAAAUUAGGCAUAGCUCUGAGCAUUCUAUCUAUUGUUGGCGGGUUCGGCUGCAGCUAUGCUAUUCUUCUGCCAGGUGUUGAUCACUACAAGAUGUUACCAAAUUUCACAGUGCGUAGAGUCGAAAAAAGCGCUGAGUUCCAAAUUCAUACGAUGGCAGAGUUCAUAGUCCAAGUUACUGCCAUAGUAAUUUACAUGGGAUCAUUUUAUCGAAACAAUCAACAGCAUAAGCUUUAUGUUAGUAAUAAAAAUGCUCAGUUAGGAGCUCGUUAUCAGGUUUCGAAACAUGCUUUCCUUUUUCUCAUGAAUACGUUUGAAGGUUGUUGA